AUGUCGAAAGUGCUGGAUACAAAAACCGCUAAAAACUCCAAUUUGAUUUGGCUUGAAGCUCGACAUCGGUUCUGCAUAGCUAGCGCCUUAGAGAUGAGCGGUUCGUCAUCAUCUAGGGCGAGGAAGCAGAAUUUUUCGCCAAAUAAUUCUAGUUUCUUUUCAUACAGUGACGAUAUCGAUACGGAAGAUGGGUCACAGGACUACUUGGAAGACAGUUGUCCACCAAGAAGAACAAACAAAACCGCGUCAGUGACUAGGAAAAUUUCAGAUCCUAGAGAUCGUCAAUCCCAACUUGACCAUAAUGAGCAGGAACGUGGUCGGAGAAGGGAGCUUGCCAUUAUUUACGAAAUGAUCCGUACUUGUAUCUCGGAGGAUGAUAUCCGCAGGCAUUUAGAUGGUACAGCCAAGUCUGCUGACAAGCUGUCCUACCCCCAACUUCUACAGAUCUCGUGUGGAAAGAUUCAGGAUGAACUACACGACCAAAGGAUAAUUCGUUCAUUGUUUCGAGAUAUCGAGUUAUUAGAGCAAAUGUGUGCUGAUCUAGGCAUCGAAAUUGAGAAAAAACGCCCCGCCGUCGACCCAAUGGAUCAUCACAAAAUGAUUGCCGAAGUUGUCGAAGAAGUGUUAUCGGUGGAUAAAAGAUCACGAAAUUAUAAUGGUGAAUAUGUAAUGUCUCAGCGUGCGAGAGCGCAGCAAGCGCACAGUAAGCUCAACGGGCUGUUGGUGAAUGUAAACAAUCUGGUAAAUAUUUCCCAAACGCAGGUCCAUCAUUUUCCUUCAUCUCGAGAAAAUCGACCUGUUGGCCCUUUCCGUAGACCUCAUCGCAGAAUUCAGAAGCGAAGUCGUCGACCAUUUUGGAAUAGACGUGCAACCUUAAUAAGCCCUCUCUCAUCUCCAGUUCACAGUCCGUUUCCUCCAUCCCCACCUUCUCCAAGUCCCUAUGAGGAUUCAAGACUUUCCCCUGAAAUUAUUGAAGAAGUAAUAAGUCAAUUCCCCCCACCAUUAGUAUACCAUGAGCCUUCUGCUCCUUUCUUAUCGUCACUGGAUGUCCAUGAUCUUUCGGAUCGAGGAACAAUUGAAAACGGCGAAAUCAGAUUCGAGGAAUCCAUUUCCAUUGAAGAGGCAAAUGUAUUGCUUCGCGAGUUUGAUGUAAAUGGCAUUGAUGAUCUUGGAUUCGAAUCCCUUUUUGGAUUAGUUAAUAGUGGAAAUAUCCCUGAGGAAUUUGACAAUAUACCCUUUGGCUAUUUUCCCUAA